AUGGAGAAACAACCACAACCACAACCAACUCCCUCCGAACCCGAAAUGCCUUUUCUUCAAGUAAACAGCUACAAGAGAAUCCACUACACGGACCUCGAACCGUCGGGCAACGAUGCACGCGAAACAUUCAUCUUCAUGCACGGGCUCGGGUCGUCGCAGAACUACUACCUCGCGGUAGCAGAGGGACUAAGAAGUCACAACUUCCGGUGUAUCCUGUUUGACACAACAGGUGCGGGGCGAUCUCCGUACACGUUUGUGGAACAGAGCAUUCAGAGCUUGAGCGAUGAUGUGAUUGGGGUUCUGGAUGGAUUGGGGGUUGCGAAGGCUGUCGUUGUGGGGCAUAGCAUGGGAGGAAUCGUGGCAGCCCAUCUCGCCGCCACGCGCAGCGACCGCGUAGUAUCAGCCAUCCUAAUCGGACCGGUGUACCCUUCCCAAUCCACACGCCCCAUCUUCGCAAAACGCAUCGAGACGGUGGAGAAGGAUGGCAUGGAGGCCAUGGCCAACACGAUUCCAGACGCGGCGCUCGGCAGUAAAGCAUCGCUCCUAGCCAAAGGCUUCAUGCGUGAACUACUACUCGCGCAAGACCCCGCGGGGUACUGCUCAAACUGUAGGGUCAUCAUGGGAGCGGAGCCGCCCGCGUACGGGACGAUUGAAGUGCCGGUGUUGAUUUUGGCGGGGGAAGAGGAUAAAAGCGCGCCGUUGGAAGGGUGCAAGAAGAUGUUUGAAGAGAUUGGGACGGGGGAGAAGAGGAUUGUGGUUAUGGAAGGGGUCGGACAUUGGCACUGUUUGGAGGCCUUUGAGGAGGUGGGGCAGAGGAUUUUGGAUUUCUAUCACGAGAUUCAGUAA